UCUCACCUCUGCUGUGAAUUAGAUUCAGAUCUCCUUUCCAGUCUCCCCCUUUCCUCCUUUUGUCAAAACCCUAACCCUAAUUCCCCCAAUUCCCCCCAAAAAAUGGCCGAGGACGAACAGAUCGCCGUCGCCGCCACCGAGACCGUCGACCCUUCUCCCGAGUCCGCCGACCCCCCCGCCGCCGAUGACAAGCCGGAGGCCAAGUCCGGCAGGGCCUCCAAGGCCAAGGAGCCCAAGGCUAAGAAGCCCGCCGCUCCCAAAAAGGCCAGGACUCCUCCCACUCAUCCUCCUUACGAAGAGAUGAUCAAGGAUGCGAUUGUGACCCUCAAGGAGAGGACUGGGUCGAGCCAGUACGCGAUCACUAAGUUCAUCGAGGAGAAGCACAAGAAUCUCCCCCAGAACUUCAAGAAGCUUCUGCUCUACCAUUUGAAGAAGCUCGUCAGCUCCGAUAAGCUCACCAAGGUCAAAAGCUCCUAUAAGAUCCCCUCCGCUAAGUCCCUCGCAGCUCCACCCAAGCCCGCCGCUGCUCCGGCGAAGAAGAAGCCCGCCGCCGCGGCCAAGCCUAAGGCCAAGGCGGCUGCCAAGCCUAAGGGAGGCAAAACCAAGUCGGUCAAGGCGGCGAGCAAGUCUCCGGCCAAGGCUAAGGCCGCGGCUGCUAAGCCAAAGCCGAAGCCGAAAGCCAAGCCUGCUGCUAAGCCUAAGCCAGCUGCCAAGCCUAAGGCGGCUCCUCCGGCGAAGGCUAAGGCUGCUCCGGCUAAGGCCAAGGCUGCUCCGGCCAAGGCCAAGGCUGCUCCGGCUGCCAAGCCUAAGGCAGCGGCUCCCAAGCCGAAGCUCAAGGAGAAGCCAGCUAAGGCUGCAAGGACGUUGACCAGGUCGUCGCCUGGGAGGAAGGCUCCGGCGGCCAGGGCGGCGAAGGCGGCAGCACCGAAGAAGGCUGCGGCACCGAAGAAGGCACCCACCCGCACUGUGAAGCCCAGAAGUGUGAAGUCGCCGGCGAAGAAAGCUCCGGCUAGGAAGGCCAGGAAGUGAGAGAGGAAGAGAGGCUAGUGUUGGUAGGGGUAGUCUUGUAAAUCUCUUCGUCUUUAUGGGUAUAUUUUAGUCGGGGGUCCUCUUUGCAGUUGAAGAAGAAUUAUAUAAUCGGGAAUUUCUUUUUUUCACUCUAUUUAGUUUUCCAGGGUUUCGUUUUUCGUCUUGAAAAUCUCUCUAUGUCCUCCUUCUAGGGUUUCCGAGAAACACAGUUUGUAAUGUAAAAUUUCAGUUGAAUGAAAGCAUAUGAGUUUAUCUUGUUCA